AUGCCUCCGACUCUGUUUCAGAAACUUUUCAACAAGAGGAGUGCUUUUUCGCCGCCGCCGCAGCGAUGUAACAAAGAGGAGCCAGCUUUCAGCUGGCCAAUCCCCCAGUUGGAGCCCAGUCACAUCCGGCUGAUCGUAUACCAGGACUGUGAGAGGCGCGGCCGCAACGUCCUCUUUGACUCAAAUGCCAAGAAGAGGGGCACGGAUGAUACCCACCUCACUGUGAGUCGCUGCACAUGCCGUUCGUCUUCGGCCACGGAGGGUAAGAUGUUCGGUAAAUGCUUCCGGCUUCGACCGACGGGGGGCAGCAGCAGCUCCCUGGACAGCUCUUCCUCGUCCUCCUGCGCCUCCGAAACCGCGAGGGAAACCAAAGACCAGGGUCUCCGUUUCCAGGCUUCGAGGUGUUCGUCCGACGUGGUCAUGUUGGGGGAGAUGAUGUUUGGCUCGGUGGCCAUGAGCUACAAAGGCUCCACGCUAAAAAUACACCAAAUUAGGUCGCCGCCUCAACUAAUGCUGAGUAAAGUGUUCACGGCCAGGACGGGAGGCAGCGUUUAUGGCAGCCUCAACACGUUACAGGACAGUUUGGAGUUCAUUGCACAAGACAGCAGCAAUACCCUGCGGCCAGAUCAAAACACAGGGCCAAAUAAUCUCCUGGGGAACAUAGGAUUUUCUCAGCUCUGCAGCCCUCGACGGGCCUUCUCUGAGCAGGGCCCACUGCGUCUCAUCAAAAGCGCAUCUUUCUUUUCAGGCCACAGUCAUCCAAUGGACAUGCCUGGCCGAGGGCUGCAUGACGAGCGAGACAGUGGUAUCGCACGCUCAGCAUCCCUGAGCAGCCUUCUCAUCACGCCCUUUCCAUCGCCGGGCUCCUCGCUGACAAGCAGCUGCGCCUCCAGCUACCAGCGGCGGUGGCGACGUAGCCAGACCACCAGCCUGGAGAACGGUGUCUUCCCGCGCUGGUCGGUGGAGGAGAGCUUCAAUAUGUCAGACGAGAGUGGCGGGCAGAGCCUGGGCGUGGCUCGCAAGAAGAAAAUCGCCAUCGGCGUCAUCUUUACACUAUCACCCAACCCUGAGGAGAACAGCCGCUUCCAGGACUUUUUCUUCUCACAUUUCCCGCUCUUUGAAAGCCACAUGAACAAACUCAAGAGUGCUAUCGAACAGGCCAUGAAGAUGAGCCGACGGUCAGCUGACGCCAGCCAGAGAGCCUUGGCUUACAGCCGUAUGGUUGACGGGCUCAUUGAGUUUAGGAUGACCAUAUGCGACCUGUACAGCAUGCCUCGCGUGGCCGAGCCCGUGUGGCUGACCAUGAUGUCGGGCGCGUCGGAAAAGAACCACCUGUGUAGCCUUUUCAUGCGAGAGUUUUCACAGCUAAUGGAGCAGGCCUCCAAGAACCAGUUCCUUCCAGCAUUGCUGACGGCCAUUCUGACCAACCACCUGGCCUGGGUGCCCACGGUCAUGCCCAAUGGCCAGCCACCCAUCAAGAUCUUCCUGGAGAAACACUCGUCGCCCUGCGUGGACAUGCUGGCCAAGACACACCCCUACAACCCGCUGUGGGCGCAACUCGGCGAUUUGUACGGCGCCAUUGGGUCUCCAGUUCGCCUGGCCCGCACGGUGGCGGUAGGCCGUCGUCAGGAGCUGGUGCAACGCCUUCUCUAUGUGCUAACCUACUUCAUCCGCUGUUCGGAGCUGCUGGAAACGCACAUGCUGGACAGCGCCGAGGACGAGGCCAUCGUCAUGCCCGGCUCGCUGAUCACCACCUCGUUGCGCAAGGGCGAGGUAGAGGAGUCUGACUACGUUCUGGUGACCAUGCACAAGCCCGCUGGUGACUACUUGGCAGAGAAGGAGGAUGAGGGAGAGGAUGAAAACGAGGACUGUACUCGAGCGACGGAGACGCUCCAGGAAGACAUUUGCCGGACUUCAGAGCAAUCCGAGCGACUCCACAGGGAAUCCGGCGGCUCGCUGACCCCCGAGGCCCGGCUGGAGACGAUGCUACCUGUGGGCUCGUGCACUCCGAGGGAAUGUGGACCAGACGAGGGCCUGGGUAGAGACCCGGCCGGGGACCCGAUGCUAGGCUUCCCUCCGGAGAAGAAGCCUCCGGAUAAGAAUGUCCCCCCGGGAACCGCCGCGUCGGGUCCCAUGUCGCUCAUUCUAACAGAGGAGCCGGCAUCCAAAGUCACCUUCCUCAUCGGGGACUCCAUGUCGCCCGAGUCGGACACUGAGAGCCGGCGGCGAAAAGUAGAGGAGGACAUGAAGAAGCACAGGAUGCUCCACCAUCUUAUGCCGCCACUUUCGCAGGACCCGCCAUCCCUGCAGCGGGUGUCCAGCAAACUUCCCCAGUGGAACACAGACGCUCCGGAUUACAGCCACUUCGACGAGUACUUCUGCCAGGAGAAUCCGGUCGAGACCAGGACUAUAGACGAUGUGGCCAAGCGGGAGGAAGCCGCAGGAAGUUCAGCCACUCUUCACAAAGACCUGCUCGAUCCCUCAGGGGCCGGGCGGCAAAUUCUGGACGAUGUCGAGACAGCGAGCGAUUCAUCGGACACGCAAAGGAGGUGUCGUUGCAUUUCCACAGACUCGUGUGACAAAGGACUUGUCUUGUCCGUACCUGUCCUACACCGGGACGGAGUCGACGGCGAAACUGACUGUGAGGACCAAAAGUGUAAGCUGGCGCCCCUCAAUGACUGGGAGAUUCCACGUAACGAGAGCUCGGACAGCGCCCUGGGCGACAGCGAGAGUGAAGAGACGGAGGACUGGCAGGAGGAGGUGAUGGUGCCCUUUCCAGGCUCCAAGCUGGUGGAGAACUACUCCAAGCCAACUAUCGCCAACUUUGGCCGUUCGCUUUUUGGCGGUUACUGUCCCACCUACGUCCCGGACUUUGUACUGCACGGUAUGCCCAGCGAUGACAAGUUGCGGCAGAGCCUCACGGCUGAACUCACGCAUGCUGUCCAGCAUCCGGUUCUUGACGAGCCUAUAGCAGAGGCCGUGUGCAUCGUCGCCGACACGGAUAAGUGGACGGUACAGGUGGCCAGCAGCCAGAGAAGAGCCACCGACGUGGGAAAGCUGGGCAAGGAGGUUCUGGUGUCCAGCCUGGUGUCGGGACUGUUGCACUCUACGCAGCAGCUGUACAAGCUCAACAUGUCCCCCAACUUCUGCAUCAUGCACCUGGAGGACCGACUGCAGGAGAUCUACUUCAAGAGCAAGAUGUUAGCCGAGUAUCUCAAAGGCCAGAAGCGAGUCCACGUCAAAGAACUUGGCAUGGUCUUAGGAAUUGAAUCAAGUGACCUCCCGCUUCUAGCUGCCGUGGCCAGCACUCACUCGCCCUAUGUGGCCCAGAUUCUGCUGUGA